AUGUCGUCUAAAUCGCCGUACAUUGGAAGUAGAAUCAACCUAAUCUCGAAGUCCGAGAUUCGCUAUGAAGGAACUCUCUUUGCCGUGGAUAGUCAGGCUUCCACCAUUUCGUUGUCCAAGGGUGAGUUUUAUAUCUUUUGUUUGUGGCAUUGUUUUAGGUUGGGUAUGACAGGGGUUUUUAUUGUUUAUGUUUUUAGUUCGUUCGUUUGGCACCGAAGAUCGACCAUCCAGUCGUCCAGUGAAGGCUCGAGAAGAAGUGUUUGAGUAUGUUAUUUUCAAGGCCACCGACAUCAAGGAUCUCGUCGUGAUGGAGGACAUCAGUCCUAGUGAGUUGACUGUGUUUGAUCCAGCCAUUGUAUCCAUGGCGAAGUCUUCUCGUCCAUCGCAUGCUCCACAGCAUCAUGAGCGCAACGGUGGGUUCAAUUAUAGCAAUCAACGCCAUCGUCAACCCAACAACUAUCCAAACAUUGGAGGAUACAACAACUACAACUCCAAAUCCCAGUCUCUUCAUGUUGCCUUUAAAGAGAAGCUCCAAUUCGAUAGCGAUUACGACUUUGUCAAGGCCAACGAACAAUUUGAAAAGACUUUGAAUGGAUCCAAUGGAUCUGCUAGUGAUGAUAAGAAGGAAGCUCAAGAUGGUAGGGGUUUUUUAUUCGAUAUAUGAAAAAAAAAAAUUUAGAUAAAGCUGAGAAUGAGGAGCAUUCGAUGGAGAGUGUUCAAAAAGACGAGGAGGGAAAGUCCUUUUACAAUAAGGACAGUUUCUUCGACGAGAUCUCCUGUGAAGCCCUCGAGAAAGCCGAAGGGUAAGAUUCCAGAUGGAACAUAGAAUUAAAUUUGUUUCUAGCAAGUACAGUCGUCCCAAUUGGAGAAAAGAGCGCCAAACCAACCAGGAGACCUUUGGCCCCAACGCCGUCCGUAAUCAGAACCAGUAUCAUCAGCGUCGCAUGCCCCAGAAUCGCUACAUGAACACCCGUCCCGGAAACCGCUUCUACGGCAACUGUGCUCUCCCCAGCCACUCCUUCCACCCUAAGACCCGCAAUUCCAACUAUAUUCGUAUCUAA